GUGUGUUGUUGCUCGAAGAUUAUCAUCAUGGUUGCUGAUUCGAUCACAGACUCUGAGCUCUUUCAUGGCUCUCCGAUUUCAAUAGAUUUCGCCAAGAAAAGCAAGGCGAAUUGGUUUUGUAAACUGAAGCAGUGGAAGAUUGAUGCUCGUCGCAAACAAUGGAUUUAUCAAUGGAAGAGAGCAAAUCUUGGUGAAGAGGAAAAUGGGCGUAGACUGAAAUCUUUGCUAGAGAAACUUACUGAUCAAAAAGCUUGGAGGAUUGAUUAUGAUGAUGAGGAUGAUGAUGAUGAGAUUGAUCUUGAAAGGACAUCAUCAUCUGCUAGUAGCCCCACGAGUGUUCUCAAGAGCAAAGAUUCUGUUAGUGGCGAUUGCUUCUGUUGUUCUAAGCAGAUGACUGAGGAAGAUCAGGAAGAAGUUUUUGACGAUGCUUAUGAUAACUGGGAUGGGUUUAGAGAUGCAUUAAACUCCUUUGACAACGAAAGUCCUCGACUUGAGACUGAAGAUUUAGAGCAAGAAGAAGAUCCGAUUCCAGAUACAAGCCAGAGGAGGGAGAAGUCUACCCAUGAGAAGCUUUUUCAUGAAGACAAGAAAGAAGCUUCGCCUGCAAACACGACGAUUCACAGAAACAGUAAAAAGAAGAAGAGGUCUAACUCUGAGAAGCAACGAGGUGAUGAUGGUGAAGAAUGUCCUAUUUGCUCUGAGUUGAUGGAUGCAACGGAUCUAGAAUUCCAACCAUGUCCUUGUGGGUUUAGGAUUUGUCUCUUUUGCCAUAAGAAGAUCAGUGAAAACGAAGCACGUUGUCCAGUUUGCAGGAAGGAUUAUGUUCCGACGAGUAAUAGUAGUGGAGAAGUAGGUUUCCAGCAACGUGGUGGUGGCAAAAUUCGCUUGUCUCCGUCGUUUAGAGGACUUGACAGAGCUUAAGAUAGAGAAAGAGUUUCAUGAAACUUUUUUUCUACUUUUUUCCUUAGUUUCUCAGUUUCAUCAAUUUUGUGGUUUGCUUAGAUUGUUGUCAUCUCGGCAAUAAAUUUUCAUUCAUGUU